AUGGCCAUAGUAGAGGAUGAAGUAAGAAAUGGUUCUGAAGAAGAGAAUGAAAUCGAGGUCGUUGUAGAGGAAGACGAUUUGGACCAGGAUUCCGAGGACUCGGACGAUGAUGAUGAUGAUGAGGCAGUGGAGAAAAAAGUUGCAGAUUUAGAACAAAAAAUUGCAGAAGAUCCCUAUAACUAUAAUGAUCAUAUUGACUUGAUUCGAGCUCUUUGGUCAUUAUCAGAAUUAGACCGUUGGAGAGCAGCUUAUGAUCGUCUUCAGAAGCUGUCAUUGUUACGUGCUGAGCACUGGCUUUUAAGGAUUCAGAUUGAGGAAACAUUGGCACAUACACCACAAUCCAGAGAACACAUUGCCAAGUUGUUUCAACAAGCUACACUUGAUUGCUAUUCCAUUCCAUUAUUGAGCGAGUGGUGUUCAUGGUCUUUGAGUGCGGGUGAAGCUGUCUCAGCUCGUGAUCAAUUGGAAGAGGUGCUUCGUAGGGCUGGGGCUGAUCCACUGUCUGGGAAGAUCUUCUGGGACGCCAAGCAUGAGCUGGAAAAAGCCAAACUGGAAACCAUGAACGAAGACGAUCCGGAGUACAAGGAGCAGCAACAGCGUAUUCUAUGGUGUUUGGAAGAAGCUGUAUCACGACCUCUACUGAGGGGUGAAGAGGCCUGGCCGUUGUUGCAAGAAUAUGUGCUGCAAGUCCACGAUCAGGAAUACUUGGAUCAGGUUAAAAAGCAACAUGAAGCGGCCAUUGAAUAUUUACAGAAAAUAACACCGUAUGAAGAUAAGCUACUGACAAUUGAGGAUGUUGAUGAAAAAUGCAAAAUUUAUCAAGAUUACAUUGAGACAGUCAUAAAUUUGUCAAAAGAGAAGAAAUAUGUCGAUUGCGACAGCAAUGGAAUACUGAAGGUUCUGUAUGACCGGGCGACAACCGAAUGCAUCUCCUGCGAAGCCUCUCACGAUCUUCUGUUGGCUUUGGCCAAACACGUUCAGGCGAUUUCAUCUCGAGCCACCAUACAUCGUAUACAUGAGCUGUGUACUAGACGCUGUCCUAGGAAGCAUACCUUCUGGGUGCUGAAGAUGCAGCAGGCUGAACACGAGGAGAAGAGCUUUGAGGAGGUGAAGUCAAUAUUCGAGACGGCGCUGUCUAAAGGCAUGGAAACUUAUAAGGAAGCUGAAAAACUGUGGAUGAGCUAUCUAGAGUACAUCCGUCGAGCUACGACCUUCGAUAACAAGGAGCACUUGGAUAGACUGCGGCGAACAUUCAGACUGGCCUGGGACUCACUCGCUGAGGCGUGGGGUGAUGAAGCCAAUGACUGUGAAGUACCUUUAUUUUGGGCUCGACUUGAAUAUAAACAAAUUAAGGAUCCCGUGCAAGGCAAGGAGAUAUUCGAAGAGAUAUUCAAAUACGGGGAAAAUAAGACCCUAUCGAAGUAUUGGGAGGCCCUGAUCCAUUUGGAGGUGAACCGUGACCCGCCGGUCAACAAACGACUGAGGGAUCUUCAUCGUAGGGCGCUCCGUAGUGUUAGUGACUACCCGCCAGCUGUGGCGCGGCUUUGGAGCGACUACGAGAGGGACUGUGGUGGACUCAGCACACUCGUGGAGUGCCAGGAGAUGUGUGAGCGAAAGUUGAAAGAAUGGCGCGAUAAUUACCAGGCCAUGAAGGAAAAAAUGCUAGGAUAUAAGCAAAAAGGGAAACAGCAGGCGAAAAAGAAAACAAAAGUUGACAAAGUUAACAAGGUCGAGCAGAAAGCUAAUAAAGGAAAGAGAAAGUCUGAUAACACGUCAGAUGAAGUCAAGGUGAAGAGGAAGAAGGACGACAAUAUGGAAGUUGAUGAGUCAGAAAAGGACGGAGAUAGUGGUGUGAAGAGAUCGCAUGAUGAUCAUGAUCAUGUUAUAGAGACAAAAAGACCGCGCAAAGAGAGCUCGUCAGAAGAAGCGGUGGGAAGGGAGGCUUGCACGUUAUUUGUAAGCAAUUUGGACUUUAAAGUCGACGAAAAUAAUUUGAGGAACAAACUAUCUGAAUUCGGCGAUAUCGUAUCGAUGAGAGUGAAGGCUGGCGUCAAAGCCUUCGGUGGAUCUAUCUGUUACUGUCAAUAUAAAACCCCUGAGUCAGUUGAUGAAGCUCUGAAACACGACAGAACAGCUCUCGAUGGCAGACCGAUGUUCUUAUCACGAUAUUCAUCCAAAAAGACCAAGCCGACAUUUAAAUACGCUAUGACAACAGAGAAAAAUAAACUGUUCGUGAGGAAUCUACCUUUCUCACACUGCACCAAAGAGGCCCUGACUGAAAUAUUCGAUAAAUACGGCAAACUGAAUGACAUCAGGAUUGUUACUUUCAAAGAUGGUAAGCCAAAAGGUCUAGCUUAUAUAGACUAUGAAGACGAGCAGUCAGCUUCAGAGGCCCUGUCAAAGACCAACGGGCUUCUUGUUAAAGACAGGAAUAUAGAAGUGGCUAUAAGUGCCCCUCCAGCAAAAGGAGAAACCACCAAUGUACUUGGAGCUGUUAAACGUGAUGUUGGGGGAGGAAUGCGCCGCACUCAAUUGAGUAGCUUCAUCCCACGGGUGUUGCAGACUCCUUCCACCAGCAAAUCCAGUAAUGCCAACCCCAGCAACGGGGAUUCCAAGAAACCCCUCAGCAACAGCGACUUUAGAUCACUGUUGCUCAACAAAUAG